AUGGCGAACGAACACCUUCCGUACGCCGCUGAUGCCGAAAGCGCGCUCAAGCCUGCAGAGCUCCAGGUCUUGCGAGCACAGUAUGAGAAGGAGGGCGAGUAUGUCUCGCUGCAGACCAAGUUCAACUAUGCUUGGGGCCUCAUAAAAUCCACUUCCCGCAUCGAACAGCAGGAAGGCGUACGUUUGCUCUCCGACAUCUUCCGCCAGAGUCCCGAUCGCCGACGAGAAUGCCUCUACUACCUCGCCCUGGGGAAUUACAAACUGGGAAACUAUGCCGAGGCGAAGCGAUACAACGACAGCUUGCUCGACAUUGAGUCCGGGAACUUACAGGCACAGAGCUUGAGCCAAUUGAUUGACGACAAGGUUGCGAAGGAGGGCUUGGUGGGUGUGGCCAUCGUAGGCGGACUGGCUGUUGCAGCUGGUGUGGUUGGAGGUCUGCUUUUCAAGGGCGCACAACGGAAGAGGUGA